UAGACAGGUAGCUGCCAUCAAUAAGCUGUCUGAGGCAGGGAUGUUCAUCUGGGACUAUGGCGACACCUUCCUCCUGGAGACCCAGAGAGAAGGAGCGGAGGUAGAGAAGGAUGGAGGUGGAGUGACUGAGUUUCACUACUCGUCCUACGUCCAAAACAUCAUGGGGUAAGUGAUAGGGAGAGGGGAUAGCUCAAGACAGAUAUAGCUCCUGAUGACUAGGGCCCAGUUUUUUAUUCUGAUCAGAUUAAACUCGUGGCCAUAACCCUUGACCCAUCCCUUCUCGAACCGUUGCACUGGAUUUGCACCUCCGGUGACCCCUGUGACUGAUGACAUCGCCACCACUGUCCUGGAGGAGAUCAGUGCCAACGUGACUGAGCCAGAAUCCUCUACUCAGACCAUAAAGGCCGUGUGUGUAUUGCCUUGGCCAUCAAUCAAGCUAUUGCUGAUGGGAGAGUUUUGUCUCCUGUGGUCACCAUGACGUCAGUGAAACAGUCCCUUCAAAGAUACCUCCAACGUGUAUAACGGCUCUGCCUUCUGUGCAGUCUCUCUCCAGGAGUAAGGUGAUGAACGGAGGGUUUGGUCUACUGGAUGGGACAGAGGAGGCAGCGAAGAGAGCCAGUCUGAUGCUCAACUGGGAUGUCUCUAAAGCGACCAGAACACGUACCAGCCCGACCCGUCCUUCUCGGCGGGCUAAUGUGCUUCGCACACGCACAGCGCGGUCCCAACUGCACGAGGUAAAGGAGGUAAGGAGGUACCUCCGCACUCACAAGCUCCGACCCUCUGAACUGGCCAAGAGGCUUGACAAACAUGGCACGGGACGCAUAAGUCGGAAUGACCUCCGAGCUGUGUUUGAGAAGGAGGGCCUCCCUGUGGUGCCAGAGCAUCUGGAUGACCUGGUGUCCACUCUUAGCGGCAUUGAAGGGGACACAGUGACAGUGAAGGACUUGGAGGAGGGCAUCAAGGCCUGGAGCCUAGAGAGUGAGAAGGAGGAGAGUACCAGCAGGGGCCGCAGGGGCCUGACAGAGAGAGGAGAGCUAGAGCUGGAGAAAGGAUGCAACAGGGAAAUAGAGAGAGUGAGGUGCAGGGAGCAGCGGUCUCUGAGCAUCCCAGCACGGAGGCCAGUGUGGAGCCGUGGUCUUAAGCGUGGGUCGGGGAGGCAUGGUGCCCAGCUCCUGCCCCUCCCCAGUCCUGAGCUGUGCCUGCAGACUCCCGUGUCUCUAGAGGAGCAGCAGGAGCAGGCCCUUAUCCAGCAGCACCACCGCAACAGGAACAAGGAGGGCAAGCAGGAUGAGGAGGUGCUGGCCAUCAUGAGGACAGUGUGUACAGGGAACACCACCCAGGACGCCCACUCCCACCCCUCCUCUCUGGGAGGAGACACGGCCCGAGCAUUGGACAAGUUCAGGAGACAGUGUCUGGGGGAGUACCUGGACUCACUGGACCAGUGUCACACACAGGGGGUCACAGUCAACCAGGCCACACUGGAGAGAGUUCUGCUGCAUCCAGGGGACCAUGUCCUAAAGGGUCCAGAGAGUGUCUUGCUGAGGCAGGCAGGAACCAAUCCCAUGCCGGGGUGUGGGGGCCGUCUGAGGACCUGGAUCGGUUACAGCAGCAGUACCCCACGUGGGGGCGAGGAGAAGGAGGAAGAGGAGCAUGGCCUGGAGGAAGAGGCCGCUCUACACAAAGUCUGCAAGGAUACGCCUUUGUAUCCCUCCCAUAGGUCUGUACGUCGGGUACCCAAGAUGAUGACCCUGUCCACAGGUCGAGCUGAGGUCAGACACAAGACAGAGUGCUGGCUGACCAGGGAGGAGUACACCCACAUGACUAGCAACAUGAGGGAGCCGUCCAGCCGUAGAGCCGACCCUAACGCGUUCUGGACUGGUCAGGACAACCAUUUGAGACUCUACCUGCCCAGAGUGGGCUUGUCUCCUGAGGGUGUCCUCUUUGAGCACAUCAUCCGCUCUCCCGCCCCAAGCCCCGGCAGCUGGCCUGUCAACGACAGGGGCUACUUCACCUCUGGAGACAUAGAUGGACACAAGGCCUACACCCUGUAGAGCGCUUUACUCCAUGCUCCAUAUACAAUAUUGUACUUUCAUGUGGGAGUUCAAAGACUUUUUGCUGUUAGAUUAUGGUUAUAUUCUUAUCCAAUGGUCUCCUCUUUUCACAAGGCUAUUUUUAAUUGAGAUUAUUUUGUCUUUGAAGCUAAUAAAGACUAUAAUAUAAAGUGAAUGUCCAGUCAGAGCAGUAUCCUUUUAGGUGAGUAGUUUUAAUGAUGAUCUCAAGACUGUCCCGAAGAAAACC